UCUGGAAAUUUCUACUUAAAGUACAACAAUGUCCCAAUGGGAGUUGAACGCGUCGGAGAUAGACUGUUCAUCACAGUACCAAGAAGACGUUAUGGAAUCCCAUCAACUCUCAAUUACAUUAACUUGCGCGAGAACAAAGGAGUUUUGUCACCGGCGUUGCGACCUUACCCCAACUUUUUUGAGGCCACGCAGCUUAUAAAUGUGUACAGGACUCGUGCAGAUCAGUGCCACAGACUCUGGAUGGUGGACACAGGAAUGCUAGAACUGCCAGUGAAUAAACAGCAAAAGCGUGCACCUUCUAUAGUUGUAUUUGAUUUAAAUACUAACAGACAAAUAAUAAGGUAUGAAUUCAAAAGUGCAGACUUACCAGCCGCUAACACUCCUACCGGAUUAGCGUCAAUAACUGUGGAUAUAACGGGGGACUGCCGAGACGCAUAUGCAUAUGUUCCCGACCUGACCACAAAUGGCAUUAUUGUAUUCUCCCUGAGAGAUAUGGACAGUUGGAGGCUUACGCAUAACUACUUCAGUUUCAAUCCAUUGCGUGGCAAUUUAAGGAUUGCAGGGCAAUCAUUUCAAUGGAAUGAUGGAAUAUUCAGCAUAGCACUGUCCAGGCCUUCAACAUCCGGCUGCAGGAAGGCCUAUUUCCAUCCGUUGAUUAGCACCCAGGAGUUCGAGAUUUCCACUUGCAAGCUGAAGAAUAAGACAGCGAGUAGUGAUCCUCGUUUCUUUCAAGACUUCAAUUACAUCGGAGAUAAGGGUGACAACACACAGACGACAAUGCAUGAUGUUCACGGUGAGACUGAAGUGAUGUUUUUCGCGGAGAUGGGCAGAGAUGCUGUCACGUGUUGGAAUACAAAUUUACCGUUCUUACCGUCGAACGUUGAGGUGUUGGCGCAGUCAGAAUCGAAAUUGAGUUAUCCAUCUGAUCUUCACGUAACUGGGAACGAGGUUUGGGUAAUGGCGAACAAACUGCCGAAAUUCGGAUAUUCCAGACUGGACCCAAACGAAUAUAAUUUCUUUGUGCACAGGUAAUAGUUUGGAUUAUUAGUUAUUUGGUAAUUCUAUACAGUGAUGUCUUACGGCGGUUCCCAAUAUACUAUCUACAGAUAGAGAUAAAUCACUACCUUCAACUGUCAGUAAUUAGCUGUCAAUAAGCUGAAGCUGUCCCAAUAUACCCGAUAAGUCAGUCUUAUCGCCUUAUAUUGGGACGCGUGAAUUGCAAUUGAUUGACAGACAGCGUAUACGGAUAAGGUGAGUUACCGUCGAUAAGUUUAUUGGGACAGAAAAGUCAACCAUAGUUAGGAUUGUUAUCUGAAGUAAGAGAUAGACUGACUAUUGGAAACGGCCGUUAGAUAACUUAUAUAGGUGUGUGCGUCUAAAAUUAACUUUAUUGAUAAUAAACAAUUAAUAUAUUUAAAAGAUGAAAUAUUUAGUCGAUCUAUUUUUUCAUAAGUAGUAAUCUAAUUUUAAGUAAUUAGUUAAUUAAAUAGUACUUAAUCUAAUUUGUCAUUAGUCAUUCUAAUUUUUUUUUAUGAAAAUAAGGGACGAGACGAGCAGGACGUUCAGCCGAUGGUAAUUGAUACGCCCUGCACAUUACAAUGCAGUGCCGCUCAGGAUUCAUGAAAAACCCCAAAAAUACUGAGCGGCACUACAACUGCUCUCGUCACCUUGACAUAAAAUGUGAAGUCUCAUUUGCCCAGUAAUUUCACUAGCUACUCCGCCCUUCAGUCCGAAACACAGUAAUGUUUACACAUUACUGCUUCACGGCAGACAUAGGCCCCGUUGUGGUACCCAUAAUCUAGCCGGCAUCCUGUGCAAAGGAGCCUCCCACUGGUAAGUUGGCAAUGUAAUUGUUGAGUUGGUAAUUAAAAAUAACAACUUUAAAAAAAAAAUUAAUUAUACCUAGUUAAAAAGUUGGAAGUCUUAUCUUCAGAAGAGAGAAUUAAUUUACAGUUAAUGCUUCUAUUACGCGUUUUCAUAUUACGCGCUUUCACUGCUCUCUAUAACACGGGUAUUCGUUCAUAUAACGCGGGAAUUUCCUCCAUACCCAUUUCUGUACUAUAAAAUUUAUAAUUAUUUUAUUUUUAUUUUACUUUACAACUUUAAACUUACAGCUAGAUACAUAUUAAAAAUUAUUAUAUUAUACAGCUGAUAGCUAUUUACAAGUUUUCACAAAUAAUAACUAUUUAUUGUGUGUAGUCGUUUACCUACAUUUAAUAUAAUAUUAUAUAACCUACUUUUGCUUUAUAUAAAUUAAAAGUUUUUAUUUACUUGACGUCUAAAUUGAAAUGGUGUCGUCUUGAAUAAGUCAAGAUAGUAUUCACUAUUAACUUCAUUAUAAAGUUUGCAUGCUCUUAUAAGAAAACUGUUCUGUCUAUAAUUACAUUUUGCUGUUUGUAUUUCAAGUAUGUUGCCUCGCCUUUGGGAGCUGACAGUGGUUCGUAAGCCAAUCUGCUCUAGCAGUUCUGCACAGUUAACUCUACCGUUUGCUAUAUUUAGUAUAUAUAAGUAAUGUCUGCAACAUGUCGCCUUUCUUGGAGAGGCAAAAAAUAAUAGUUUUUUGUACGGAAUUGUAAGUAACGUAACCUGAAUGAAUCAUAAUUAAUUAAUUAAGAAAUUAUUUUUUGAUUUUAUUGAUUUGAUUGUUUAAGAACCUUGAUAAAAUAGUAAAAGUAGGCAAACAAUUGUAAAUACUUUUUAUGAAUUUUGUUUAAUUACUAAUAUUAUUAUUAUUAAGUAAAAAAGCGUUUAUAUAACUGUAUAAUACGCGUUUUUUUAACGUGAUGACUUAAGUUACGCGGACGUGGUCGCUAACUAUGGGCCUUAUUAGAGAGCUCAUGGUCGCGCAGAGGGCAAUGGAGAGGGCUAUGCUCCGAGUUUCACUGCGAGAUAGAAUCAGAAAUGAGGAGAUCCGUAGGAGAACCAAAAUUACCGACAUAGCACAAAUGAUUUCGAAACUAAAGUGGCAGUGGGCAGGGUACGUAUUUCGACCGACAGAUGGCCGUUGGGGCAGCAAAGUCCUCGAAUGGCGACCACGUAACGGAAGACGCAGUGUUGGUAGGCCCACCACAAGAUGGACAAACGAUCUGGUCAAGAUUGCCGGAAUACUUUGGAUAAGGGCAGCGCAGGACCGAUCGUCGCGGAAAUCUUUAGGUGAGGCCUUUGUCCAGCAGUGGACAUCUGGCUGAUGGUGAUGAUCAUGAUGAAAAACGCGUUUUGCGGGAAUAGCCCUAUAACACGAUUUACUAUAACAGGGAACCACUCUACCGCUUCAUAGGGGGUAUCACCUGAAUCAUUAUAUAUUUAUACUUAUACAUUCGGUAUUUUUAAAUAAAUUUUUUAUUAUUACUUUUAUUUAUUACUUUAAAGAGAUGAAAGAAAAUUAGUUUAACAAUAAAAUAUAACGAAACACAAUGUUUCAAGUAAUUAUCAGGUUCUGUUUCAUUCUUAUUUAUGAUGAAAGAAUAAAGUUUUCUUGGGAAUCCGCCGUCGUAAUCUAUUUUUUAUACCCCUUAACUAUUGCAAUUUUUAUUAAUUUAUAUGGUGAUAUUACGUUUGCCGUGCUUCAAAUGUAUAUUUCACAAUUUUUUUCUCAUAACGAUUGAAUGAAUGAAAUAAAUAUUAAUAAUAGACGACAUUACUCGAAACUAUUGAAUAUCCCCACAACAUCUAGCGCCAUCUAGCGAAUUGAGCCUGAACUCGGACACUAAAAUGUGUCUCAUUAUUGAUUAUUAAACAAAUUACAGAUAAUAUUGCUUGUUUCAGAGGUUUCGUGCCACAGCUGAUUGAAAAUUCCAAAUGCGGCUCACCGGGAGGCACAAAUUUUGAGUACUAAUUACAAUCGCCGAAUAAAUAUUUUAAUUCUGAGUGAUAUAUACAUAUAUA